CGGGUUAGGGGAAGGGGGCGAGGGGGCGGAGCGCCGCAGUUUGGUGAAGUUAACUUUCGGUUCGGGCCCGGGAAGUCGGGCGCUGGGGUCGGGGGGAGCAGCAGGGUCCCGGCUCCGAAGCAGGAGACGCGGGGAGAGCUGGCCAGCCCCGGCCGCCUCGUGGGCAGCGCACCCAGCCCCGGCCAGGGUGCAGGGGGCGCCCGCCCGGGGGGGGGGAGGCCGGGGCCCGACAAGGUGGGCCCCCCCAGGACAAAACGCAGGCCCGGGUCAUUGCGUCCGUCGGGGCCCGAAGGGGUCGCUUCGCCCUGUAUUCUUUCUGCGCUGGGCGUCAUUUGGCAGAUAGGGGAAACUGAGGUCAGAGAGGGGAGGGGACGUAAUCAAGGUGACGCAUCGAGCCGGGCCUGGAAGGGACUAAAGCUUCCUAAAGAAAGAGGCCGAGGAAUUGGGAGCAUCCUUCGAAGUGCCCUCCAUGGAGCCAGAGGGGGCCGUGGCCGGCCUCCAGGAGCCCCCCACCCUCCCCGCCUCUGGCUCCCAGCCCGAAGACCCCACCCAGGACGGCUCCGAUGGUUCUGACACGGUGCUGCUGCGCCUGUACCCCUGCGUCCCCGACUCCGGGAGUCCCGAGCUGGACGGCGUCCUCGCCGCGCCCCACACUGGCAGCUCCUUGAAGCACUCUACCACCCUGACCAACAGGCAGAGGGGAAAUGAGAUUUCAGCCCUGCCUGCCACCCUGGACUCUCUGUCCAUCCACCAGCUCGCUGCUCAGGGAGAACUGACUCAGCUAAAAGAAUACCUUCUUAAAGGUGACAACCUGGUGAACAAGCCUGACGAGCGUGGCUUCACCCCCCUGAUCUGGGCAUCUGCUUUUGGAGAGAUUGAGACCGUGCGCUUCCUGCUAGAGUGGGGUGCUGAUCCUCACGUCCUAGCCAAGGAACGGGAGAGCGCCCUGUCGUUGGCCAGCACGGGCGGCUACACGGACAUCGUGGUCAUGCUUCUGGAGCGGGAUGUGGACAUCAACAGCUAUGACUGGAAUGGUGGGACUCCGCUGCUCUACGCUGUGAGGGGGAACCACGUGAAGUGCGUGGAAGCGCUGCUGGCUAGAGGGGCCGACCUAACAACAGAAGCAGAUUCGGGCUACACCCCUAUGGACCUGGCUGUGGCCUUGGGACACAAGAAGGUCCAACAGGUGAUGGAGAACCAUAUCCUUAAGCUUUUUCAGAACAAGCUGCUUCCAGAGACAGAGUGAAAGAGGCCCAGGCCACUGGGCUUUGGUCCUGUGCCUUCCAUCUGGUGCUCAGGAAGGUCAGCUCACUUAGAAGCCAGUUCUUCAAUCCCUAUGGCCAGGAAGAGCAGGUCCAGGAGAUCUCCCUCUUCCCAUGGCUGAAGGCUGUGGAUCUUCCCCUAGCCACCUACAAAUCUCUGGGGGGGGAGGGAGGGGAAGAGAACCACACCCAAGAACUGUGUGUCCAAGAACUCCAAUGCAACACGAGGCAGACCCCCAAACAGAAACAAGGCAGCUCAUCUCCUUCCCAGGAUCAUGGGAGGGACUAUGCUCCUGGCUAAUGACUUGUCCUGGCAGGACCCCAUAGCUCCCCAGCCAUGAAGACUCCUCUGCUGCCCCAACACCAGCCAUCCUGAGAAUCCCUCCCUGCUUCCCCAAGCCCAUGGAAUGGGAACAUGAACCAAUAAAACCAGCUGCUACCCCACAAGCAGGGUCAACACUGGCUGUUCUUCCCCAUUUCUUACAGCUGACACCCAGGGAAGUCUGGCUAUAAGGAAAUAGGGCAACUCUAGCCUGGAAGAGAGGAAAAAUGGCUGCCGUUCUUAGAUCUGAGGGGCCACAGCAAGAAGGCCUCGCGGCUGACUCCUUUGUUCCAGAAUAAGGGAGGCUGCUUCCCAUUACAUGUAGAUGGCACAGGGAGCUGAGGGUGAGACAGGUAGGGCCAUUUAAGCAGCCUGGUGAUCCCGAGGUAGGAAUAUGUGGGCUUUUCUUUUCCUUUUUAUAUGAACAAGCUUU